GGCUGACUUCCAACAUGAUCAAGUACAUCAUUUUACUGACUUUAUUCGUGGCUGUUGCACAAUGUUUUGUGUGUCCUAAAAACUUUUGUGAUAAAGUAGAAUGUGAAGAUCUUAGUUCCUGCCGUGCUGAAAAUGGAUAUAAAGUCAGACAGAAGGGAGGUUGGUGCCGAUGUUGUGACAUUUGUGUGAAGGUUUUGGGAGAGUAUGAACGCUGUAGACCACCAAUAGAAUUAGGAGUUAUAUAUAGAUCUGAAUGUGCCGAGGGUCUUUAUUGUUCUCCAGAACUCGAAAGAUGUAUUAAAGAAUAAAUUUUGAAAGAAAAAAUUGAUAACUUCAAGACAAUAAAAUCUUUACUGCUUAGAAA